AGUGACUCUCUCUGGGAGGGGAAGCAGAACAAACUGUAAGCUGCUGCUGGGGGAUCCAUCUUGCUUGAAAAAAAAAGAGGCGAGGGUGAAGAAUUUUUCAGCUUAGUGUCUCGAAAACUGCUUCGUCCCCCGUCAAACGUGCCGGGGAGCCCGAGGAGGGGCUGUGUCGCUGUUUAUAGGAUGUCCCGACAUGAGGGUGUGAGCUGCGAUGCGUGUUUAAAGGGCAACUUUAGGGGAAGGCGGUUCAAGUGUUUAAUCUGCUACGACUACGACCUGUGCGCAUCGUGCUACGAGAGCGGAGCCACGACGACGAGACACACCACAGAGCACCCCAUGCAGUGUAUAUUAACCAGGGUAGACUAUGACUUGUAUUAUGGAGGUGACACCUUUUCAGUAGAGCAACCACAGUCGUUCACGUGUCCUUACUGUGGUAAGAUGGGCUUCACAGAGACGUCCCUACAGGAGCACGUCACCUCAGAGCAUUCAGAGACUUCCACAGAAGUGAUCUGUCCAAUAUGUGCUGCUUUGCCAGGAGGAGACCCCAACCACGUCACAGACGACUUCACAGCUCACCUCACUCUCGAACACAGAGCGCCAAGAGAUUUAGAUGAGUCCAGCAGUGUCCGACAUGUACGCAGGAUGUUCCACCCCGGACGAGGACUGGGUGGCCCCAGGGCACGACGGACGAAUAUGCACUUUACUAGCGGCUCCACGGGGGGACUCUCAUCCUCCUCGUCACAAAGCUCCACUUACACCCCCAGUAAUAGAGAAGCAAUGGACCCAAUCGCAGAGUUGUUGUCUCAGCUGUCAGGUGUGCGACGUGCUGCGGGGGGUCAAAUCAACUCGUCGGGGCCUUCGGCCUCCCAGCUCCAGCAGCUCCAGAUGCAGCUGCAGCUGGAGCGGCAGCAGGCUCAGGCGGCGCGGCAGCAGGGGGAGACGGGCCGGCACGCGACACGGCGCGGCAACAACCCGGGCAACACUGGCACCACCAUCCCUCCACCCAGCACAGCGACUGCCAACACCACCACCGUGGGCGAAAGCAACCCCUCGUCCUCGUCCCACAGUUCACAGUUCCUAUUAGCACGGUUGAAUGAACCUAAGAUGUCCGAAGCAGAGCGGCAGUUUCUAGAAGCGGAGCGAGCCGACCGCAGCCUGUUCGUCCAGGAGCUGCUCCUGUCCACGCUGAUGCACGAGGAGAGCUCCUCCUCCGACGAGGACGAGCGCCGAGAGUUCGCCGACUUCGGAGCCAUGGGCUGCGUGGAUAUCAUGCCUUUAGAUGUGGCGCUGGAGAACCUCCAGCUCCGAGAGAGCAGCUCAACGGGGAAGGAGCCUCCGCCGCCUCCUCUUUGAUGUCCGAGCAUCAAGCAGACUGUGUCCUCUGUGCUGCAACUGUCAGUGAUGGGCAGCAGCAGCAGUCCCCCCCCCCCACCCGUCCCCCCCGUCCCCCACCCUCCCCUCCCUGACCUCACCCUCCCUCCCUUCCUCCCUCCUCGAUUUUCUGAGUUUUGUUUUUUGGUGAUUGUAAUUUCAGGCCCGUCACCAUAUUUGUUACGUUGUAAACAAACAGACAAACAACAAAAAAAAAAAAAAAUGAGAGCAAGUGGGAUAAAUGUGCGAGUGCGCAAAGAGUGAGCGAGAGAAGAGAAAUAUAUAAAUAUAUAUAAAGUAUAUAUAUAUGAAGUUGAUAAUCAGUCCACAUUACUUUUCUGUAUCAGGUGAAUGUUACAGGCGGCUGUGGCAGACCUUUGCUUCCUGUAACAUGCAGACGGCUCUCCAUACAAAUACUCCACAUUGAAAAAGUCGAGAGGGCAGAGGCUCCUCUGAUGAAGCUGCUGUGUGUGUUUAUGACUAUUAACAAAUAAAAAGUGCUUGGAUGGGUUACCAUAACUACUGCAUGCAGUUAUUUGCAGCGUGCAUGACUUUUAAUGACCCUGUCAUUAAAACCUUUAUUAAA